CAGUUGUAAACGAAACGUCUUUCUCUAUAUUUAAGCGAGUUUUACGUUUCUGACUCUUCAAUUUUUUUUUUUUUUUUAAUUUAUUUUCUCCCACUUGUGAUAAUUUAUAAUUUUGGAUCAAAAGCAAUCAAAGAUGGACGAGCCUUUAGUGGUGGAAACGAUUUACAUGUACGAGGCGGAAAAUGCACGCACUCAUCAUACGGAUAAUUUUGAAUUGGUGCAUUUUGAUCCACCGAGUGCAGUUCUUCGUCGUGGGCAAACCUUCAAUAUUGCAUUGCGAUUCAAUCGCGAUUACAUCGAUGAGACGGAUAUUGUGAGACUUUUAUUUAGCUUCGGACCAAAUCCAAGUGUGAUGCGAGGAACAAGGGGCAUUGGAACAGUGAAUAGUGAUAAUCAUCUCAAGAAUAUUGAAGCUUGGGGCGUAAGAAUGUUGGGCGCUAAUGGAACUGAUAUUUCUGUCGAGGUCCGAAGUCCUGUUGACAGUCCCGUUGGCAUUUGGCAGCUUAAUGUUGAGACGACAAUUGUUGGCAGGGGAAAGCCAGUUAAUACCCAUCCUCACGAUGCGGAUAUUUAUUUGCUUUUUAAUCCUUGGAUCAAAGAGGACAAUGUCUACUUUGAAGAUCAACAAUUACUGCAUGAAUAUGUCUUGAAUGAUGUGGGUAAAAUAUGGGUUGGUCCCUAUGGCAGUGCUCGUGGACGCGAAUGGAUUUUUGGACAGUUCGAUGCUGCUGUUCUGCCAGCCUGUCAAUUACUACUCGAAAGAUCAGGAAUUAAGACCAUUUCCCGAGGGGAUCCAAUAAAAAUGACACGAGCCAUUUCUCGAAUUAUAAAUUCAAAUGACGACAAGGGAGUAAUCGAGGGCCGAUGGGAUGGAGAAUAUGAGGACGGUACGGCGCCCUCCGCCUGGACCGGAAGUGUACCAAUUCUUGAGGAAUUCCUAUCAACGGAAAAAGAAGUGAAAUACGGUCAAUGUUGGGUAUUUGCGGGUGUUGUGACGACAGUUUGUCGAGCACUGGGUAUACCAUCGCGUGUUGUGACAAAUUUAGUGUCAGCACACGAUACAAAUGCGACGCUAUCAGUGGAUCGUUAUUAUUCAAUGGAGAAUGAGGAACUCGAUUACGAUCCAAAUAAUCCAAUGGGAAAUAUGGAUUCAAUUUGGAAUUAUCAUGUUUGGAAUGAUGUGUGGAUGGCGCGACCAGAUUUGCCCAAGGGCUACGGUGGAUGGCAGGCGAUUGAUGCAACUCCACAAGAGACGUCAGAGGGACUUUAUCAGUGUGGUCCAGCGUCAGUUGAAGCUGUGAGAUCAGGCGUCGUUGGCUAUAAUUAUGACAUUCAAUUUCUCGUCGCUUCAGUUAAUGCCGAUCUUAUGCGAUGGAAGGAGGAUCCUCGAUCGGAAUUUGGAUAUUCCAAAAUUGAAAGCAAUAAAUAUCACAUAGGUCGAAUGAUCCUAACAAAAGCUCCCUGGGUCUUUGAUCCAAAUGGUGACACUGAUAAAGAGGACAUCACUUAUUUGUACAAAGCCAGAGAAGGAACUCCGGCAGAGAGAUUGACGCUUUAUCGAGCAGUACGAAGUGUUGAUUUGGCAAAGAGAUUUUACUCAUUUCCUGCUCCAGGCAAAGAGGACGUGGUAUUUGAUCUCGUUGAUUUGAUGAGAGUGAAUAUUGGAGAUCCAUUUACAGUUACGGUAAAUAUUGAAAAUAAAUCAAACGAGGUGCGUACAAUUAAGGCAAUUUUGUCAGCUGGCAGUGUCUAUUAUACUGGCAUCAAGGCGAAUAUUGUAAAAAGAGCGUCAGGCUCAUUUGCACUUCAACCACAUUCACACGAACAACUGAAACUCACCGUUACAGUCGAUGAGUAUUUAGAGAAACUGGUGGAAUAUUGUAUAAUGAAGUUGUAUGCAAUUGCGUCUGUGGAAGAAACGAGACAAACUUGGGCAGAUGAGGACGACUUUCAGGUUCUCAAGCCUAGCAUCGAUGUCAAGAUCGAAGGUGAACUUGUAGUGGGAAAAGCUUCGAUUAUUACAUUAAGUUUUAAAAAUCCAUUGAAGAAGGUACUUACAAAUUCGAAAUUUCAAUACGCCGGUCCGGGAUUAUCGAAAAAUAAGACAAUUGAAUAUCGCGAUGUUGCACCAGAGGAGAAUAUUUACGUAGAACAUGAAUUGGUGCCACAAAAAUCGGGACCACAAAAAAUUGUCGCUACAUUCACAUCAAAGCAACUUGUCGAUAUUACCGGAUCAAUUUCCGUGGACGUUGAAGAGUGAUAUUUUUUUUUGCAACUUUUAAUUUGAAAAGAAUUUUCUUCAUUAUAUUUUGCUUUAUUGUUGAAUAUUUAUUUUAAAAAAAAAUUACAAACAACUAUUUUUAAAAAC